UGUUGAAAUUGUCUUGUAGUGUUCUGUGGUUUAUGUCCCUUGCUCGUGCAUACAGAGACGGAGCCCCACUGUGUGUCACAUCUCCGCGGCAUGGAUUGGAGCCACAAAAAGGGGAUCCAGUACUGAUUAGCUCCAAGGAGCUUUCAAUAGAAAAAGAAUUGAUUGUUCGCAUCUCCACUGAUUCCCCAUUUAAAGGGUUUCUUCUGACAACACAGCAUCCAGGAGAAUUCAUCGAAACCAAGGGCUUCAGUCGAAGAGUUCCCUGCACUGGACAACUGGGAUCCUUAUCACAAGAUUUUACUGGAUUAACCCAUGAUAAUGACGAUUUAAAAGCUGAAUUGGAAAUUGUUUUCGUCCCUGUGGACGAUUUAAAAUCUUCGGAUGAUGCUGUGUUCAAUUUGACAAUCGUCCAGGACUACUCGACCUAUUGGACAGGAAUCAUUGUGUAAAGAAAUUUCUUUUUAAAAUUGUUUAUUUUUUCACGAAUUUCAGA